AUGAACUACUUUUUAAUUGUUAUGAUGUACGGUCCAAAGGUUAAAGAUCAGUACAUUAAUCAGUGUUAAGAAAAUGAUAUAAGCUAAUAGCUCUGCACACUUAUGUUGACGACUUUCAAUAAGGACAAGUUUACUUUCUGAGUGAAGUACAGGAGUUAAAUUCAGUUGCUAUCGCGUAAUCGUGAGUACAAGACAUGGCUUAUAUCGUAGAUUUGCGUUCAGACACUGUAACGAAGCCCACAGAGUCUAUGAAACAUGCAAUGGUGAACUCAGCGGUCGGUGACGAUGUUUUCGGUGAAGAUCCUACAGUGAACGCCCUGGAGAGCAAAGUGGCCAACCUGUUAGGCAAGCAGGCUGCGCUGUUUGUGCCUAGUGGAACUAUGGCCAACCUUAUUGCUAUUAUGGUGCACUGCAACAAACGAGGCUCAGAAGCAAUUGUUGGGAACUUAGCACAUAUUUAUAAAUAUGAGCAAGGUGGAGCAGCCCACGUAGCCGGCGUAUUGCUAAGCACAGUCCAGAACAAGCCCGACGGAACGUUUGACCUACAAGAGGUUGAGAAUCGAAUCCGAGGCUCGGACAUCCACGAGCCAAUCACGUCAAUGGUGGCUAUCGAGAACACACACAACGUUUGUGGUGGCAAGGUGCUUCCCCUCCAGUGGAUCGAUGAGCUCUCUGAGCUGUGCAAGCGCCACUCCAUCCCCUUGCAUAUGGACGGCGCCCGCCUGCUCAACGCGAGCGCGUACCUCGAGGUGCCUGCCGAGAGAAUCGUCCGCGGCUGUGACAGCGUGGCGCUGUGCUUCAGCAAGGGACUGUCUGCACCGGUUGGCUCGGCCAUCGUCGGCUCGUGUCACUUCAUACAGCAAGCGCGGCGCAUGCGCAAGAUGCUUGGCGGCGGGAUGCGACAGUCGGGCGUGCUGGCGGCCGCCGCGAUUGUCGCGUUGGACGAAAUCGCGCCCAAGCUCGCGCUCGACCACAAGCGGGCUCAGCGGCUGGGGAAGGGGCGAUUGCAAGACACCGGACGACGAGGGCGUAAUCGUGAAGGCGAUCUGCUUCAACGACAAGACGAUCCGCCUGACUCUGCACACCGAGAUAUCCGACAACGACCUCUGGCUCGCCAUUAUGAAGAUCACCUACGUGUUCAAGGAGCUAGAGGCCGCGCAUCCGCUGAUCAGCUAGUACACACAAACACGCGUCACGAAAGUUGGAGCUGCAUGUUUUCCAGUUACCAUUCGACCUCUAUUUACUUGUACGUACCCUUGGUAUGUGAUUUGCAAAUCAAAUUCGUUUUGGACAGAGAUAGAAAACUUUUAUUUUUUUAGAGUAAUAAUUGCCGCACAAAGCAGAUAGCCCACCUGAUGGUAAGUGGAAAACCAUAGCCUAUAAACAGAGCAACACUUCACAUUGCAUGUAAAAAGCACAUGACCUGCAACCAGUGGCGUGCAUAGAGGGUAUGCACAGGGUAUGCAGAUGAUACAAA